AGCUGCGUUCUAGAUUUCUUCGUGUCCAACAAUAACAGAUAACGUUUCCCACCGCCUGCCCUGACUGGCGGACGGCCGAAGCAACUCUUUCCGUCCGCCAGUCAGGGCUAGGUACGGCUGCUUCGAGAAGCUCAAAAACACAGCCGUCGUUAAGAUACCAUUGAUGAUCAAAGGGAACAUGAUGCGGGUGACUUCGUACCUCGGCGUGUAUUCUGUCUCGCGACGAGCAGGGUUUAUUCUCCUCUGUUACUGCUUUGUUGCUCAGUACAACUUCAUCUUCCAUAACUACCUUCAUGCGCCGUUCAAUAUUCUCCGCGCGGAUGCGCGCAUGCCGAAGUCCUGGCAGAAUGCCGUUUACAAGCCGAUUAUGCAUUGCAAAAAAGGUAUGAUCGUACUAGUAUGAAUUGCAUCAGAAACUGACUUAGCAUUUUUUACAAAUUCAAUUUGUAAUGCAGAUUUGCCUGAAGAAAAAAAUUUGUAAUGCAUGAAUGCAAUUAGUACGAGCACGUUGCUUUUGCACUGCAUACCGAUCAGGGACGCAGCUGACGACCACGGGUUCAGUCGGUGGCCCUCACUUUUCCGAGACGCGUGGGAUUUCUCCCCUUACAAAAUAGCACCGCAGCUUCGGAAUUUGACGGUGGAGGUUGUGGAUUUGCUAACCGUCGUGACAGAACCGACGUCAGGUCUCCGGGAACGAGAUGAAAUAGAUUACGCCACAUUAGCGGCACAGGCCGGAAAAACCGCAGCUCACUGGCAGCACUUGUUGCCAGCGAAGAAUGAACUAAGGGAACUUGUCGGGACAAGGACUUCCGGCGACGACGACCGGGAUAUUCGCGUAGCAGAGCAAAAACGAAACAUGCAGCGAGCACCUCUGGAGCAAGCACCAGAUACAAGCCAUCCAGGUCGUUUGCGGAUGAAAACCCUCACCAGUUUCGCCACCUCGCUCUGGAAGUUUGUCAAGGGUCUGGUCUUGUUUUGGCACCGGAGGUGCAAGCAGCACAUUGGGCGAACAAGUGAUAGCGAAAGCACCACCUCUAACGGAGAAGAACUACAUGGACAACAGCUACAGCAUUCUGCAUCUGAUGAAAAUCUGUUGCACCACGAAUCCUUCCGUACGCAAGCCGUGCCACAGCUUGAGCGCCAUCUUGAGGAUUUCGUAGCACAGGCAGACGCAGCGACAUCAGGAAGUCGAGUUCUUGGGAAAGAAGAACACGGCGGGGACUACCAUCCGCGCUGGACUUUACUUCCCGCAUUUGCCCGGAGCUAUUUUCGGCUGUUUCGCCAUGGAUGCGUACGAUUGGAACACGGUCAAGAUGGAAAUGGCGUUGGUGGUCGAGACCGUGCAACUACUUCUAUCGGAGGAGCCGAUAAUAUCGCCGGCAGUACAACAUCCUCUUUUUGUGAAGUCCACUCUCCUGCCGUUUUGGCAAAAAACCUGUUUUUCCAAAGCUGCGUCUAUCCGCUAGUGUUGGCCCUUCACAUGACGAAAGAAGCUCUAACCGGCUGGGUGGACCUCAGCAAGUUUCUUUUCUACGCGUCGGAGUUAAAGAUGAGUCGUGGGCUGCAUAAAGCGGGAAUGAAAGGGGAAUUAUUGCCCACGCAAAGUAGUUCAAAAAUAACGCACUCACAUGACAAAAGUCGCAAGAGAAAGAAGAACUACGAAUACGAUGAAGAGGUAGGCCUGAUCCCCGGUGCGCAGUUGAUCGUUCCGUGGAAGGGCCACCACCAACUGGGCGCCAGAGGAUUGGCAUCCGCUGCGCGGUUAUCCUGUGCAAAAGUAUCGCACUUGUACUGAACAUGCCAAUUAUGCAUGGCAAAUCUGCUUCUCGAGAGAAAUCAGCAUGACAAAUUUCAUUCGUCACAAAGAGCAAGUUUGUAUAUGCAAUUUCUACUGCGUACGAUUACGAUACAGAUACUCUUGCAAUUCAUAGCGGUGGUCGCAGCUGCUCCGCGUCGCCCAAGAAAAACUGCAGGUGGCGGAAAAUAAACUCACAGACUUCCAGGCGGAGAGUCCUCGCCCUACCGACGCGUUUAACCUCGCACGCAGCAUCAGUGUGGAGCCAGCUGCGCGACAGGAGUAG